UUUGUUGCGUGCGAGCAUUACGAGUGGUGAGAUGAGGAAGUGGGUCUGGAAGUGAGUUGGCCAGCGGGACUUUUCCGGACUUGUCACACUUCUCCGCUCCACCAUGGCUGCGGGGCUGAAGGACAUGAAGAGGGUCUUUUCGAAGGAGAAAACUUUUCGACCAAAGAAGAAGUUCCAACAGGGAACGAUGAGGUACCAGCUGCACAAGCACGCCCAGGCGACGCUGAGUGGCGGGAGGGACCUUCGGGAGGCCGUCCGGCUGCCACACAGGGAGGAUCUGAACGACUGGGUGGCCGUGCACGUUGUCGACUUUUUCAACAGGAUAAACCUCAUCUACGGCACCAUCAGUGAUUUCUGCACGGAUGAGAGUUGUCCGACCAUGUCAGGUGGACCGAGGUAUGAGUACAGGUGGGCUGAUGACCACAACUACAAGAAACCCACCAUGGUUCCUGCCAACAAGUACAUCUCCCUUCUUAUGGACUGGAUCGAGUCCAACAUCAACAAUGAAAACAUCUUUCCAUUGGACACUUCCACACCAUUCCCCAAGAACUUCUUGCCGCUGUGUAAGAAGAUGUUGACACGACUGUUCAGGGUGUUCGUACAUGUGUACAUACACCAUUUCGACAGGGUGGUCGCUAUUGGCGGGGAGCCUCAUGUUAACACCUGUUACAAGCACUUCUACUUCUUCGUCACUGAGAAUAACCUGGUAGAGAAGAGGGAACUAGAACCUUUGGCUGACAUGACAAGACGUCUAUGUGGACACUGAAAUAAGACUGUAAUUACGUUGCUUUGAUUCAGUUUGAAAUUUUAGAUAUGACAGAUUUUGUAGGCUGGAAUUUGUUAUUUGCUGAGCUAAUCAAGUAUUGAACUAGAUAUCGGAAAUUCAGUAGUUUGGUGAUAAUUGCUGUAGCAAAAAAUGGCUAUUUACUCAUCUAUCUCAAAAGAAAACUUGCAAAUGGCUCAUUGGGUUUGGAGAAAAGUUGUGUAAAUAAUAAAUGAUGACAAAGAUUCUAUUUUCAAAAUAUA